AUGGAACGUUGGUGUAGUAAAGUAGCUGUUGUCACCGGGGCUAGCAAAGGCAUUGGUGCUGCCAUAGUUCAUUGUCUUCUAAAGAAUGGUAUUCGAGUUGUUGGCCUCUCGAGAAAUGUUGAAAAUAUGGAGCAAUUUCGUAAUGAGUUACCCCUUGAAUUACAACCCCUGUUAAGUGCCCUAAAAUGCAAUGUGGGUGAUGCAGAAUGCGUCAAUAAGACAUUCGAUGAAAUAGAACGUAAGUAUGGUGGUAUCGAUAUUCUUGUUAAUUCUGCCGGAAUUAUGAAUCCAAAUUCACUACUCACUGGCGAUGUGGCUGCCAUGCAAGAAAUUCUUCAGACAAACGUAUUGGGCGUGGUACAUUGUACCCAAAAAGCUUUUUCAUCGAUGAGGCAGCGAAAAUUCGAUGGUCAUGUUUUCAUUUUGAAUAGCAUCUUGGGCCACAAUAUACCGAUUUUUCCCAAGGACAUUCCACCAAUGUUGGGCAUGUACAUAGCCUCCAAAUGGGCCAUAAAGGCAUUAACGGAAUACUAUCGACAAGAAUUUCGGCAUUUUGAUACAAAGAUCAAAGUUACGAGCAUAAGUCCUGGCAUCACGGAUACUACGUUAAUUGAUGGCUAUGCGAGGUCAUAUUCAGAUGGUAAUUUUUUGAAUGCCAAUGAUAUAGCAGAAAGUAUUCUAUAUGCUUUGGCUACUCCAUCCCAUGUGCAGAUUCAUGAAGUUAUAGUUAAACCUGUGGCGGAGUUCAUAGUUUAAAAUAAAAAUAAAA